AUAUCUAUUAUCUACCACCACAACAGCCUCAUCAAAAUCAUAACUUUUCUUCAACAUGAGCAAUAAAAAUACUAACUUUGAAGCUCUCUUCUUCUCCUUCUUCUUAUUCUUUUCUUCGAUUUCCAUUGUUUCAUCGAAGAACCCUGUCUGCCCUUUCGAUUAUGCUUUCCAUUUCGGCGACGCCGUGACCGACGUCGGGAAUUCAGUUCUUGUUCUGCCUCCCGAGAUCCCGGUUCCGGCUCAAUUUCCACCGUACGGUGUCACGGAUCCGGGAAAGCCUAAUGGCCGCUGGUCUGAUGGCCUCGUCGACUUCGAUUUUUCCGCUCCUUUUAUGGGCUUCCCGAACCCGCUUCCAUACUUGUCGUUGAGCCCGAACCACACGAGCGAUGGCGAGGCCGUGAUGUUCUCCACCGCCGGAGCCACAGAGCUUGACCGUUCCUUCCUCGCCGGGCUCGGAAUCAAAGUCCCAGCCUGGUCCGCUUCUUCCGGCAAACAAAUGAAAUGGUUUAAGAAAUACCUUCAUACCCAAUGCUCGAAGCACGAAGAUCCACUUGCUUGUCGCACGGCUAUCAUAAAAAAUUCUCUUGCAAUGCUCGGCGUCAUCGAGGCCAACGACUUAGGCUAUGCGCUAAGCCAGGGAAAAUCGAUCGAAGAAGCAUUGAAGCUCGUUCCACUGAUAGUAAAGAGUGAAGUUGCCAUGGCGAGGGAGAUCAUCGAGAUGGGUGCGAUAAGAAUGGUGGUCGUGGGGAGCUCCCCGAUCGGGUGCUUUCCUUACAUGCUCACCGCGAGAGCCACUGACGAUCCAACGGCGUACGAUGAUCUAGGUUGUCUGAAAGAUGUCAACGACGUCAUAACAUUGAAAAACGACCUCUUGCAAGAAGAAAUCGAGAAAAUGAAAAAGGAAUUCCCGCACGUCGACUUGAAUUACUCGCAAUUCAGCGCCGGCGUGCUUCAAUAUCUUCGCGAAAUAAGCCAAGGCCCUCAUAAGGAUACGAUGCUGAAAUCGUGCUGCGGAAUUGGAGGGAAGUAUAAUUACGACGCGAAAAGGUUUUGUGGGAGCGAAGGAGUCCCGGUUUGUUCGAAUCCCAAUGACUAUGUGUUUUGGGACGGGUUACAUGUCACCCACCACGCCGGGUACCGUAUUGCGGAGAUCCUACUCUCCGGCGACAUCCCGACGUUCAAUUGCACACUUCCUCCGCCGCCUCCGGCCACGGCUACCAUUUGAUCCAUGUUUUUUUUUUUUUUUUUUUCUCGAAUUGGGUGAUGAAAAUGAUCGUGAUCGUGAUCGAUCUAAGCUAUUGGUUCGUCGUUUUUAUUUCGAUUUGAGCCACGAAUAAACUCUAGAGCCUCUUUGUGUCUAUUCUCCAUGGUGUUUCUAAUAAACAUGUGUUUCGAUUA